AUGUCAGGUCAACAGGGUGGAUACGGACAACCUCCAAACAUGCAACAACAGCAGAUGAUGUACAAUCAACAGCAUAUGAUGGGACGACAGAUGGGUCAAAUGGGUGUACAGCGGCAGCUAACUUCUAUACUGGGCAGUUCACUUGGAAACGUUUCUCAGCAGCAUAUGCAGAUGCAACAACCUCGAAGUCCAAUGACAAGCUCUGUUGGACCGCAGCAGCUCACACCCGGAGGUGGACCAGGUUCACAAGCACCGGGCUCAACACUUGCAGCAGCAAGCGCUGGAGGACCAACUUCUGUAGGGCCGAUGUCUGUGCAGCCGCACACUCCAAUGAACCCUGCAUCUCAGCAGACCAUUCCUCAACCUUCUUCGGUGCAACAAGGACCUGCGUCGGUUGCUCCGGGCACACCGGCAAGUAACCAGCCAGCACCGCAAUCAUCGUCUACAGGGGAGCCAACGCAGCCGUAUCUGCAAGACCCUGUAGCACAUAGCAAGCAGUUGAUCAUGAAAGAUCUUCGAUUCUCUAUUAUUGACCUGAAUCGCCGGGCUGGCGAAGCUCUCAAAGAUCUUCGAGCUGGUAAUGCUCCGUCAAAUUCGAAUGAGUAUCUCAAGGCUAUGGACAAUCUUUUCGCAGUAUGUGACGAAAUCGAGGGGAACUUGAUAUUGGUCUGUGAAACACAAAAGCAGAUGAGUAAAAUGGAGAAAAUCUUCGACAAGGACGCUCUAAAAGAGCACAUGGGCUUCUCCGAUGCCAAAGGACGUCUUAUCGGGAGUGACGACGACUCAGGCGCAAACCUUGCUGCUGUGAAUACUUAUAUUGAUCAAACAAAACAGCUCCAAGCCGCUUUCGAUCGUGCUUUUUCACACGUUGGUCGCACGCUGGAAACAAUUCGACGAAGGCAAAAUAUGGGAUCGAAGAAUCCGAAACUCGAACCUAUGGAUAUGUAA